AUGCGUUCAAUUCCAAGAGCCGCCAUAUUCCCGUAUGUCUGCGCGUCGUGCAGACAUGAUGUCACCGCUGGACUACGUCGUCUCAGCACCAAAACUACUCAAAGCCCCGAGAUCUACGACGUAGUCUGCGUCGGGGGCGGCCCGGCAGGUCUAGGAUUGCUAGCUGCACUCCGAGCCUCUCCCGUUACCUCUAAGCUCAAAGUCGCCCUGGUCGAAACACAAGAUCUCCGCAAAGCCCGCGAGUGGAGCCUCGAUUCGACCCAAUAUUCAAACCGAGUCAGCAGUUUGACCCCAUCGACUGUUGAAUUCCUACGAAGAAUUGGUGCUUGGGAACACCUACAGCUUAAUCGUGUACAGCCCUACCAGGAGAUGCAAGUAUGGGAUGGUGAGACCGGGUCGCGAAUAUCCUUUGACUGGUCUUCGGAGACACCAGCUUUUGAGAACUUGCGCACUGUGGCUACCAUGACAGAGAACUCAAAUUUGAUUCGCGGUUUGUUAGAGAGGAUUGCUGCCUCUGGGGAUGAGAAUUUGACUCUUUUCUCCAAUACCACCGUUGCCUCUAUCGAAAAUGGGUCGGAUACCCAAGGCGAUGGCCCAGAUCUUUCGGCCUGGCCAGUCCUCUCAGUCAAGCCAGUGGGCCCAGCUGGAGAGACUCAGCCACCUUCACAGAUUGCCGCAAGACUUCUCGUUGGCGCAGAUGGGAUCAACAGCCCUGUUCGAGCAUUCGCGGACAUUAGCACGCAAGGUUGGGAUUACAACCGACAUGGAGUCGUAGCCACCCUUGCCCUUGAGGAUCUCGGUAUCCCUUCAAACUCCCACACUGCUUACCAGCGGUUCCUCCCUGCUCUCGGAGGUCCCAUUGCUCUGCUCCCGCUCCCCGACAACCACGCCACUUUGGUGUGGUCUACAACGCCCCAGAACGCUGCGUACCUCAAAUCUCUCUCAAUGCCAGCUUUCAUUGCCAUGGUCAACGCAGCUUUCAGACUGCCGAUGGUCGAUCUGAACUACAUGAUGGGAAUAGACAAAUCUACGUCGGAGCCGAGCACACACGAAGAUGAGCUUAGCUGGCGCCUCCAGCACACGCCACUACCAUCUCAUAUCCCGCGCAAAGCUAUCGGUGUACAAGAGGGAACCGUCGCAUCGUUCCCUCUGCGCUUCCGCCACGCUUCCCAGUAUAUCUCCCCUCGUGUUGCCCUUGUCGGAGAUGCAGCGCACGUGAUUCACCCGCUUGCUGGGCAGGGCUUAAACCUCGGCCUGGCGGACGUCGCUGCGCUGUCAAAGACGAUCGAGUAUGCGGUGAGUCAUGGGAUGGAUAUUGGCGAUCUUUUGACUCUUGAGCGAUACUCAUCCGAACGCUAUCUGCCCAAUGCUAAGAUUGGUGGUGCUUGUGACCUCUUGCAUAAGCUGUAUACGGUCCCUGGUCAAAACCCCAUUGCCUGGGCACGGAGCUUUGGCCUGGACGUGAUUGAUAAACUUCCGUUCGUCAAGUCCUUCCUUAUGAGGAACGCGGAGGGGUAUUAG